CAUUUAUAGCUCUUACUCCAAUUCCUACUUCUCUGUCCCAAUUCUCUCUCUCUCUCUCUCUCUCUCUCUGCAUCUUCAUCUUCUCUCUCUACAAAACCAAAACCAAACCCUAACCCUAACUCCAUUUCGAACGAUUUCAAUGGCGAGUGCAUGGAACAAGCUGAAGAAAUCGCUUUCCCUGAAACUCUUCAGUUCUGAAUCGUCCCAAACAUCCCUUCAACGUUCUACCAAUUUGCUCACAGACUCUUCCGAGCCCGAAUCUCGAUCUUCUACGGUGUCCUCUCGUUCGGCUUCUCUCUCUAUCUCUCGGUUAUCCAGAAGCAUCAGCGCCCGAUCCUCCAAGAAAACUUGCGCAAUUUGCUUGGCACACUUAAAAACCGGGGAGGGCCAAGCGAUCUUCACAGCCGAGUGCACCCACUCGUUCCACUUUAGCUGCAUUGCCAACAGCGUUAAGCACGGAAAUCACCUUUGCCCCAUUUGCCGUUCCAAGUGGAAAGACAUCCCUUUCCAGUUCCCCACCAACCUUGGCGAUCCUCGGUUUAAUGUCUCAGGCCGAGCUCGAGUCUCUCCUUACCGUCCCUUGCUUGAAGAUGUCCCGCCCAACAUCCCUCAUGAUCACCCUCUUCCAUCUCCUCCUCCACCUGAGCCCCCUCGCUUCUCAGAUGAUGAUAAUCUCCCUCCUGUCUCCACUGAUCCCACCUUUCUUGGUUCCUCCCAUUCAGUAACUAUCAAAUCCUUUCCUGAGUUUCCUGCCAUCUCUUCCUCAGAGUCUGUUUCUAGUUUCGCCGUUCUUGUCGGCGUUCAGGCACCACCUCUCCUCGGUGAUGCCCGUAACCUUGAGCGGGCACCCAUUGACCUCGUCACUGUGCUUGAUGUUAGUGGCAGCAUGGCAGGUUCAAAGCUUGCUCUUCUCAAGCGUGCACUUCGAUUCGUCAUACAAAACCUGGGCCCUUGUGACCGACUGGCUAUCGUUGUUUUCUCAUCAUCCGCUCGAAGAAUCUUUCCACUUCGCAGGAUGUCCGAAGUACGCCGCGAAGAUGCUGUCCUCGCCAUCAAUUCUCUUGUGUCAUCUGGUGGGACCAACAUCGUGGAAGGGCUCAAGAAAGGAGUUCGGGUUCUCGAAGAACGCCGUGAAAGGAAUCCAGUUGCAAGCAUCAUACUCCUAUCUGAUGGAAGAGACACAUACAACAGCGAGAGUAUCAAUCGACGCAGAAGUCCACAGAAUCAGAAUUCAAGGCAGGCUGUGGAAUAUCUGAACCUAUUGCCUGUUUCCAUCUGUGGUAGCAAGAAUGUUGGUGGAAACGAGGCUAGACUCCCUACAAUCCCAGUUCACACAUUUGGAUUUGGGUCAGACCACGAUUCUACUGCGAUGCACGCUAUAUCUGAUGCAUCAGGUGGCACAUUUUCCUUCAUCGAGUCUGUUGGCAUGGUUCAAGACGCCUUUGCUAGGUGCAUUGGCGGUCUUCUUAGUGUCGUGGCUCAAGAACUUCAACUAACCGUGAGGUCAGUGUCACCCGGGGUAAAGAUCGGAUUCAUACCAUCUGGAAGAUACCCGAGUGGAAUGUCCAAUCAAGGGCAGCAAGGUUUGAUCAAGGUCGGCGAUCUGUAUGCAGACGAGGAGAAAGAAUUUUUGGUUAACCUUUCAAUUCCCAUAGUUUCAGCUGCUGAAGGUGAGGAAAGGCCGGAAAAGACAUCGUUGUUGGAUAUAGUGUGUUCGUACAAGGACACUGUAUCAAAAGAGAUGGUACUUAUAGAAGGCGAGAGAGUUGAGAUACGGCGACCUGAGGUUCUUUCACCUAUGGAUUUGAUACCGAGCUUAGAUGUUGAUCGGCAGAGGAAUCGCUUGUGGGUAGCAGAAGGAAUUGCAGAGGCACAAGAGAUGGCUGAGAUGGGAAAUCUAGAGGGUGCACAGGCUGUUCUGUCAAAUAGGAGAGCAACGCUACGAUCUUCAGCAUCAGCCCAAGCAGGGGAUGGACUCUGCAGCUGGCUUGAAACCGAGCUGAGAGAAAUUAGGGACCGGAUGGCAAGCAUGGAGUUAUACGAGCACACGGGUCGAGCCUAUGUGCUCUCAGGUUUGAGCUCGCAUUCGUGGCAAAGGGCAACAACUAGGGGUGACUCGACUACUCAGACAGUUGUGUUGAGCAGUGAAGGUGGAAACACUAGUAGCGGUCCUAUUGGCUAUGAUACUCCUAGUAUGGUCAACAUGGUGUCAAAGUCACAGACUCUAAACUUCGCUAAUGCUGCCGAGCAAGCUCAGCAGCGACUUUCCAGGUCUUGCAGCGCGUCUCCACGAUGAAUGAGGAUUAUCGGUAUUCAUGGUCGAGUCAUCGGUAAGGAAAUUUUUUGUCCAUAUAUGAUAAUAAAAGGGAUAGCGCGUUUGUAAGUGGGAAUUCAACAAGAAAAUCAAGGCUUCUUAUUUUACUUCACUUUUCUUGGUUCUUUUCUGGUUAUCAAUCUGAUUCUUUUCCAGGAUAAAUUGGAUUGGUGGAAUUCUUACUAGAAAUGCAAUAAUAGUUUGGCAGCUACUCUUGAAUAA